GAAUUAGAUGGGAGGUGGCCAUGGGGCAGCGACCGGGGGUUGUUCCCUCUUCGGCUUCCGUAGACGAGGUCGGGCGGACCUUCGUCCGGGGUUUCGGCACCCCCCCUUCCCCUUCCCCGGGGUCCGGGGGUGACAUUGCACCGCGCCCCUCCUGGGGUUGCGUCCUCGCCCCACGCGGACUCCCCCUCGGCGCGCAGCUCCCUUUCGCCUUCCUUGGCCGGGGUUCCCUCCCUUCCCCAGCUGCCCAGUCAUGGGGGCUGCUGUGUUUUUCGGAUGCACCUUCGUCGCGUUCGGCCCAGCCUUCUCCCUUUUCCUGAUCACUGUAGCUGGAGACCCACUUCGGGUUAUCAUCCUGGUGGCGGGAGCCUUUUUCUGGCUGGUCUCCCUGCUCUUGGCUUCUGUGGUCUGGUUCAUCUUGGUCCAUGUGACAGACCGAUCAGAUGCACGGCUCCAGUAUGGCCUCCUGAUUUUUGGUGCUGCUGUCUCUGUCCUUCUACAGGAAGUGUUCCGUUUUGCUUACUACAAGCUCCUUAAGAAGGCAGAUGAGGGCUUAGCAUCACUGAGUGAGGACGGAAGAUCACCCAUCUCCAUCCGACAGAUGGCCUAUGUUUCUGGUCUGUCCUUCGGUAUCAUCAGUGGUGUCUUCUCUGUUAUCAAUAUUUUGGCUGAUGCACUUGGGCCAGGUGUGGUUGGGAUCCAUGGAGACUCACCCUAUUACUUCCUGACUUCAGCCUUUCUGACAGCAGCCAUUAUCCUGCUCCACACCUUUUGGGGAGUUGUGUUCUUUGAUGCCUGUGAGAGGAGACGGUACUGGGCUUUGGGCCUGGUAGUUGGGAGUCACCUUCUGACAUCGGGACUGACAUUCCUGAACCCCUGGUAUGAGGCUAGCCUGCUGCCCAUCUAUGCAGUCACCGUUUCCAUGGGGCUCUGGGCGUUCAUCACAGCCGGAGGCUCCCUCCGAAGUAUCCAGCGCAGCCUUUCGUGUAAGGACUGACUACCUGGACUGAUCGCCCGACAGAUCCCAUCUGCCUAUCCACUGCCCAUGACUGAACCCAGCCCCAGCCCGGGUCCAUUGCCCUCAUCCUCCGUCUCCUCGCUGAUGUGCCCCGCUUCCUUCCGGGUUUGGCGUUGUCCAUUUGUGACCUGUAGUCUCUAAGCUUUCUCAGGAGCAGCCUGGGUGCAGCCAGUCAGGGACUGGUGGGUUUGAAUCUGCAUCUCUCCCCACCACCUGGGGACCCCCUUGUUGUCCAGGUCUCCCCAUGUGUCAGUGCUCCACCCUCACCCUGCCCAUGACUCACCCCGCUUCCCCUCUGCAGGCCGCCGGCAGGAGGACAGUCGGGUGAUGGUGUACUCUGCCCUGCGCAUCCCACCCGAGGACUGAGGGAACAUGGGGGGGCCCCUGGGCCUGGGGUGCCCUCCCGAUCUCCUCGUCCCGUAUUUCUCCAUCUCCAGUUCUGGACAGUGCAGGUUGCCAAGAAAAGGGACCUAGCUUAGCCAUGGCCCUGGAGAUGAAGUUACUGAGGCUGAGGGUAGAUGGGUUCAGUUCAGUGUCUCCUGCCCAGACUGGACAUCUUGGUCUUUUUCUCAGGUCUGAAAGGAACCAUUUUUUGGUAUGAUAAAGACCCCAAAAUGCCUUUUUUUUAAAGUGGGGAGAGGGAGGAGGUACGCCGGGAGCCUCUUUAACCUCCAUAGGCUGUGUUUGCUCCCAAAUCUGCUGAUGGUGGCUCAUUUCUAUCCUGUUUUCCCUUUGGUCCCAGGCCCUGGGGGAAAGGAAGGAAGUGCAUGCUUGGGGACUGGUCCCACUGGAUCUCUAUCCUAACGUCCAUGGCCGUCAGCACCCCUCCUUUCCCCAAGGUGAAAUGGAGGGUGCUGUGGGGGCCUGCCCACUCCAUGGCAGUGCCCUGAAGGAGUCAGACUACCAUGGCAUCGCAGGCCCAGAGGGCAGACAUUUUUUCUAGUUUUUAAUUGGGGUGUGGGAGGGUUUGGGGAGGUUUUCUAUCACUGUGUUGUUUUUCUGCUGAGGGUGGAAUAUUCUGUCCUUUUAAUCAAGGUGAUUGUGAUUUUGACUAAUAAAAAGGACUUUAUAAUUGUGGGGGGACUUGGCUUUAAGAGGGGUAAUGGAUUGAGAUUUCUAGCUCCGGGUGGCUCCGGUCCAUCCUCCCUAGCCAAGUGCCUGUGAUGUUCACCAUUGGUGUGAUGAGAGAAGCAUCAUUAGUGGUGUAACUUGUGGAAGUUAACUUCCUAGAAGUAGGUCUCCCUUGUCCAGGAACAGGAUACAAGGAGUUAAUUAAUCAUACCCCUGCCCCUUCUCUUUCUCUAUGUCUAUCUCUGCCACUCAACAGACAGAGGAACUCUCCCACUCUUGAAAGCCACAAAAAAACAUUCAAGAAUUAAGAUCAAAAACUUUUAAUUUCCAAACAUAUAUUGAGCAAAAAAUAAUUAAAAUCCCAGCAGCAGCCCUUUUUUCCUAGAGGAAAAAAAAAAACUACAACGUAUAUCUAAGGGAGAGAACAUGGCGGUGUGAGGUGAAAGAUGGCAGUUUAUCCUCAGCUUCUUCCAACCAAGCAUGAGGACAGGGAAUCUCCUCAUCCACAGCUUUGAAGGCCAAAGGCUCAGCCCUUCCUGAAGAGCUGGGGUCCCUGGUGUAUAGAGAGGGUUACCUAGCAGGACACGUGCCUGCCUACAACUGGUCGUCCAGUGCCUGCAGCCCUCAGAGAGGCUCCCUGGCAGGAGGAGAGGGAGGCAUCUGCAGCAUCUUGAGACAGAGUUCACGCCUCUGUGGUAGCCCGAGCAGAGGUGAAAACCACACUUUUCCUGUUUCCCAGCCGCUUCUUCCUGGAAAGGGGAGCAAUGGUUCAUGGGAGUGACUAGCCUCCUAAGUGAGAGUAGACAUAGAAUAGGAAAUACAUUUAAAAAAAAAAAAAAAACUCAAUAAGUAUAUAGUCAUGACCUUAAAUGUUCUCUUUCCCCCACCUCCUGAGUACAAGUAUGUGCCAGCAGGCCAGGUUUAAUGUGGUGCUAGGGAUCAAACCCAGGGCUUGGGCACACCUGGCAAGCACUCCGCCAACUGAGCUACAGCCUCAGAGAAUUUCGUUGGAGUUGGGGGUGGGGGAGACUGGGUUAUCUCACUAUGGAGACCAGGCUGGCCUUGAACACACAGAGAUCAUCCUGCUUCCAGCUCCCAAGCGUUGGGAUUAAAGUUAUGCACUACCAUG